CCUACUGUAGGAACUCAGUGGAUGGCCACUGGUACAGUUAUGAUGACAGCAGUGUGGAGAAUGUGCCAGAGGAGGAACUGUGCACACGGGGGGCGUAUAUCCUCUUCUAUCAGAGAAGAAAUGUCAUCCCACCCUGGUCUGCCAACAGCUCGGUCAGAGGUUCCACCAGCUCCUCCAUGUCAGAUCACUGGCUCAUCCGUUUGAAUGGUGAUAGCCAAAGAGGAAGUAUGGUAUCACGGUCUUCCACAACAUGCCCUUCUUCCAUCCCAGACUCCCCAGAGUCUCCCGUCUUUCAAAAUGAACCCUCAAUUGAAGAGAGAGGUGGGUUCGAAAGCAGACCUUUCGUGCAAGGAAUCCAAGGGCGUAGCAUAAGCAUGAAAAGUCCCACCAAGACCAGGGUGCUCCCACUGCGAUGGUCCUUUGGAAACAAAGACCGUCACAAACCUGCCCAAGCUCCUGGCCAGGCUCCUGCAGA